ACGAACGGAAGAGGAGGAAAGGGGACUCAUGGCAGCUAUGGUUUGCAGUGUUCUAGGGAGGAAAAAGUUGACAAGCUUGGUAGCGGCUUCUGUCUGUUUCACGCAUCCUGGCACUCACUCAGUGCCGUGGAGCAGAGGUUGUUCACAGUAUAAACAGGUAACCAGCAAUGAGGACAUGCCUGUUGCGAUGGAAAAUCCUUAUAAGGAGCCUCUUAAGAAAUGUAUCUUGUGUGGAAAACGUGUAGAUUAUAAGAAUGUACAGCUUUUGUCCCAGUUUAUUUCUCCAUUUACUGGAUGCAUUUAUGGAAGGCACAUAACAGGUCUUUGUGGGAAGAAACAGAAAGAAAUCACAAAAGCGAUUAAAAGAGCUCAAAUAAUGGGGUUUAUGCCAGUUACAUAUAAGGAUCCUGCAUAUCUCAAAGACCCUAAAGUUUGCAACAUCAAGUAUCGGGAAUAAGUGAUACGUUACUACCAAUAAACUUAUUUUACAGUAAGUGGUUGUAUGUUGCCAAUAUUGACUCAAACAAACCUUUGGGUAGAAAAGUGAUUCAGGAGUGAAGCUUCACCUCCAUACCAAUGAAUAUCCAUUAAACAGAUUACUUAUUUAAAAUGGUAGUAUGCAUGACAUUUUAGAUUCUUUGAAUAAAAGUGGUACUAUGUGAUUACCACUUAAAUGUGGUCCCCAAAUAGUUCAUACAAUGUAUCUUCUGACAUUGGCAUAGUAAAUCGUGAGGGUUAGCUUGUAUUAGAAUUCUAAUUUAGGUCCAGAUUCUGUCUUACAGAUGGGAUUUCGAGGAAAUGGAUCCACCAAAGUAGAAUGCUUAUAUAAUGUUCAGAUCUUAUGUGACUGUGGAGUUCAAGUUUCUCAGAAUGAUUUUCUGACUACCAAAAAUAAGUGUGCCUGGUUGAGAGUGAGUCUUCCCUUUGUAGAGGUGAUAAAUUGGGAUGGAUAGCAGUUUUGUUACAAGAGGAUCAAAUAUAUAUUCCUGUAUGAGUCUAAAACCAGUAGGUGUCCUUUACAUAAAGGGAUGACAAUUUAUACAUUAUCUGUUAUCAGUCAUCUUUUCGCCCUGAAGUGAUAACAAGUAAGGGUUCAGACUGACAACUCUAUAGUUUUCCUCCUCCUGUCACAUAUACUACCAUCAAGCACAACCCCAGUAAGUAUAAACUUAUAAUUUGUACCAGUUUCAGGUCUUAUGUGGCUUCAUAAACACCCUAUAGUAAUUAAUGCAUGUAAACAGAAGAGAUUUUGUUACCUAGCUAUGAUUUUCUAUAUCAAGUAAUUUCAGGAAGAGAUGGAAAAUCAGAGGUCAAAGUAUGCACUGAGAAUUUCAUCCAGUGAGUAAAAAACAUACUGAAGGCUUCAUGAGAUGUAUAUAGUUUGUAGAAAGUGUGUGAAAAAGACCUAAAUAUGUCUGCACAUACCACAGAAGCUCUCUUAUGCAACCUCCACUUAAACUCACUGGAUUAAACUGGGGCUUUAUGCCCUCCCUAAAAACAUGGGCCAUGACUCUCCUGUUGAAUUUUGCACUGCCAAGUUUCCAGACCUGUGGCAGAUUGUUAUUGUACUGAUGAAGUAGAAGGUGAGAAGAAAGUUAAUGUUGCUAUGAAAACUAAGUAAAUGCUUUGGACCUGCUAUGAAAACUAAGUUAAAUGUUUUUGAAGGACCUGGUAAAGUUAAGAUUUUUAAAAUGUUGUCAAGAAGCUGGGUGUGAUGGCUCAUGCCCAUAACCCUAGCACUCUGGGGGGCUGAAGUGGAAGGAUCAUUUGGGCUCAGGAAUUUGAGACACACCUGAGCAAGAGUGAUACCUUGUCUCCACUAAAAAUUGAAAAAUUAGCCAGGCAUUGUGGUCUUAUCUGUAGGCAGAGGCAGGAGGAUUGUGUGAGCCUAGGAAUUUGAGGUUGCUGUAAUUUGAGGUUGCUGUGAGUUAGGCUACACCAAGGCACUCUAUCCUGGGCAACAGAGAGAGAGAGAGAGAGACUCUUCUCUUAAAAAAAAAAAAAAAAAAAAAGUCAAGUUAGGUGUGGUUAGGAGAACUGAAGAAGGGGUAGGUGGGAGGAUGCUAGGAAAUGGAAAAACCUAGUAGCAUUUUGUACUUUCUUUGUUGCUUUUAAGUUUCUAUAAAUUCUUCACUUUAAAGAAACCAAAACUGGGACUUUAAUUAAUAGUGAUUUAUGUAGAUGCUCCAAUCACUGGACUCAAGACACAGAAAAGUUCCUGGCCCUAUGCCAAAUGGUUGACAAAUGAACACUUCUGCUUUAUGUUAAAAUGAAAGUUUUGUGAUAGACAUUCCAAUGUAUGUAGCAUUUCUGAGUCCUACUUUAACUGGCCUUUUUAGUUGCUUGACUCAAAAGUUAACCUCAAAAUGCACUGGAUUAACAGACUUGCACUGUACUCAAAGUUUUAGAUUUGCUCAAUUUUGUGCAGAGCACUGCAGACUAAGGGAAAGAUUACUGUUUGUGUUGCAUUAUAGUGUGUCACAGUUAGGGCUGCCAGACUUGGCAAAG